AGAGAGAGAGAAAGAGAGAGACGAGAAGGGACUCAAUAGAGGUCAUUGACCCCAAGCAAUAAAGAUAAUGCUCGGACAAAGUCAUUCGCGAGAAAUUAUAUACCAUCAUUGAACUUUACAUCGCGAAUAAGCACGGAUCUAUUCGGUGGUCUAACAUGAUUGCUACGCGAAAUAAAAUCGAAAUAAUUAUUAUUUCUUUGAUAUUAUUUUCGGUAUUAGCUUGUCAUGUGGUAUCGACCCUCGAAAUUAAUAAUGCCGAAACGUCUAUCCAAAAACGAGUGACAUUAUCCAACGACCUUGAAAAGAAAAAAGAAGAAAAUUUGGGUUCCCGAAAAGGAUGGAAAAAAAUCAAGGAAUUCGUUCACAGAAAAAAUCAAUUAGGAUUUUCCGAGGGUUAUUCAAAGAACGAUUAUGCAAUUAGAAAAGAAGAGGAUGAAUUGGUGACGAAAUACGACGAAAUAAAUCAUCUGAGAUCGGAUAAGAUCGAAGAAAGUGAAAUUAAUAUAAAGGACAAUUGGAAGAAAUAUUUCUUAGUUUUCACAGAUAAUGGUAAACCUCGUAAAAAUAUAUCAAAUUCGAUGGAAGAAAAAUUGACGAAUAGAAUCAAUCGAAAUAUCAACGAAGAAAAUAUUUCGAACGAAUUAACUUUGAACAGAAACGUACGAGCUAUUAAUACGACGGAUUAUUAUGCUCAGAGAAAGGCAGUUAUGGAUAAAUUUCAUGCUCGUCAGCGUGAAAUAGCAACGAAAUAUGGUAAACGUUACUAUAACAAUUCGAGUUCAAGAAUCGUUCAUAGAAACAAUCAAACGUUAGACGAAAGUAAUAAAACGUUUAAAAAUAGGAACGAUCCGAAUUUGGAUAUAUUUAAAGUUGCUUCCAACACUUCUUCAUACGAAUCGAAAUUAAAGAAUAUAAAAAUUAAUCAGAAUAAAGAAAAUCUUAAGAAUGUAAAAUCUGAGAUCGAUGGGAACAUUUUAAGAGAUAUCACGAAUUAUACCUUACCUAUUAUUCGUAAUUGUACGAACAUCACUUUACACGGUUCUUAUUCGAAACAAACACGAAACAAAUUGACAUUAUCUUGUACGAAUAAAGAAAACGAGUUGAUUGUUAAAAGAACUAACGAAUCUCCUCCAUCCAGACCAAACAGAGCUAUCGAUGGAAAUCUAGUAUGGGGCACGUGCAACGGUACAUUGGUUUAUCAACACAACUUGUUGCUGAACUUAAAAGGACCGUCCAAUCUCGAAGCUAUCUUUGAAGUUACCAUUGAUGGACCACUUUGUAUAACUUGCGUCAAAGUACUUCCAAUCAAUAAUACUGAAGAAAAUGUCUCUAAGGAAUCAGGUGGACCAGAUCAUAGAUACGUCAAACUCAAAUUCAAAGGUCCCGAGAACAAAGGGUUCUCGUAUACGAUCAAAGUUUGGGCCGUGACGAAGAAAAACGAUACUUGCGGCUGA